UUUACUAAUUUGCGUCAUCACAGUCAACCAGUCAGAGCAUGGGUUGUUGACGAGUCCUGAGGUUUGAAACGGCAACGCAAGCGUUUUUAACUGACGAGGAAACAAACGGAGGAGUGUAGCAGCGUGAAAACUCAUUAAUUAUUUAAAAGCAGAUGUCCACAGACGAUGAGGAGCCACUCAGUCCGUUUUUGCCAAAGGAUUCAGACCGAGGAAGUUCUGUGUCCUCUGAACUACAGGAUGAAUAUGAGGAGCUCCUUCGUUAUGCUGUGGUCACUCCCAAGUUUGAGACGCUGCACAGUGCUGCUCACUUACACCGACUGAAUCUCUCACGCCAGACUGCUGACAAUCAAGAGAGUUCCCAAAGGAAAGACAAUAAGAGAUCACAGCGCCCAGCAGAUACUUCUACUGAAGCUAAAGAUGAAGCAGAUUUCUUUGGAGGUGAAAGGUCAUUUCAGGCCUCCUCCUUGAUAGUGGAGGCUACCACUCUUUCAAGAGCAUCUAAGGCUGAGGAUAUGGCAGCUCACUCAUUUGGCAGGGGUUCUAUAAUCUCAGACAUUAAUUCACACAAGUUGGAGAGGCUCACAGAGAGACCAAAGCCCAGCAGCCCAGAAUUCAACACAUCUGAAAUGAUGGAGCUGUUCAUCUCAGAGGAGAACAUAGGCCAGAUGGAGAACAUCCUGGACACAUGGAGCAGCAAUCUCAAGUCAAAUGUGCUGAACGAGCUCCGAAAAUGGAAGCUGGCUUUUAUUGAGCAGCACAAGUCGGAGAUAAGGAAAGAGAAUGAGAGAUGUGCAGCCAAAGCAGCUGCUCUGAAGGCAGAGCUGGAGGGUCUCAAGGGGCUUCUUCACACCUAUGAGAUUUCAAACCAGAGGAAAGAUGAGGUGAUUUCUAAGUUGACCAAGAUGAUGGACAGGCAGAAAACAAAGCUUGAACAGAUGAAGUCCUUCACUCACUGGAGGGUCCAGCACUGUGAGGCCAAAGAAGAGGCUCACGCUGCUCGAGUCGCAGAUCAGCAUUACAACCUGCAGCUGAAGAAAAAGGUUUGGUCAGGCUGGCAGUCACUGAUCCAGAAACACUGGAAGGUCAAGGUGGAGCGAGCCUGUCGUGCAAGAGCUGAGGAGGUUUGUGCUCAGCUGUCCACACAGUACGAAGCCAAGCUGGAAGAGCGUUGUGAUGCUUUAGAGCAGGCUCAGACAGAGAUUCAGAGGCUGCGGCUAGACCGUGAGCGAUAUGAAGAGUCCAUGAAGAAGGCCUUCAUGAGGGGUGUAUGUGCACUAAACAUGGAGGCUCUCAACAUGUUCCACGACGGACGGCCAGAACAACCUCCACUGCAUGACCAACAUGAUCCUUUGCAGCCUCAGGAUGAGCCUGGCUCUGCUGCGAUGGCUCCGCCUCCACCGUUCUCCUUCGCACGGUUUAGUCCAUUCCACUUUGACCACGCAGACCAUGGUGAAGCAGAGGGUAUGAUGGGCCCCAGUGAUCUUAUGCCCAGAGCUGAAGUUCAUCCUUCUGCACCAUUCGCACACAACUCAUCAAGUUCGCACAAACAGUUCAAUGGUCGCAUUGUGACAUCCAGUCACCAAAAACCCACAAAGACUGUAACAGCUCGUGUUACUGGGCUACCUGAUGUGAACAAGGCUGCAGCUGGCAAGUUUCAGAUGAUGACUGUGGCCCCGCCUAUGAGCUCUGUCAUCAUCGAGCGUCAUCACCCUGUUACUCAGCUCACUAUCAGUCAGGCCACAGCUGCCAAGUUUCCACGAUCCUUCCAGCAGAGCCACAGCUCCACCAGAGGCAGAGGUUCUUCCAAAACACAAACCCACACGUGUCAAGUCCACUCCAUCAAAGUGGUCGACUGAUGUCAAAUUUAGCCCAAAUAGAGUGGUGCUGCAUUUUUAUUAAAGGUUUAGAUUUAGAAUUUUAUAUGCAACAACAAUAGUUUCAGGUCAAUUUUUUAUCAAACUAAUAUCCUGCUUUUCAGGCUCUGUGAUAUAAAAAUAAACAAAACAGAAAAUCAUACCUUGGAAUUAUAUGCCUGUAUUUGCACAUUGGGCUUUGUUGUGAUAGCGUUUAAAUAAAAUAAACAGAAACCUAACAUCCACAGUGCUGAUAUUACAGUCUUCAAAGCUUAGAUUUUGCAGAUCUUAAUACAGUUAAGUGUCAGUUAAAGGUAGCAUGGGCUGAAGUUUUGAACCAGCAGUCAGAGGUAGCCCAUUCUAACCUUAAGCUAAUUGUAUCUCCAACAUUUUGUUUAGCUGAAAUAUAAAUGAUACGUCUAAACUAUACAGUGGGGGUUGGAAUGUCAAAGUCCUGAGUUUGACUAUAUUUAAUGAGAAAAGCAGCCAAAGUUUAAAUGCACAUCUUUGCUAGCCAGGUCCUGCCGGCCAGCAGUGGCACUGCAGUUGGAAAUGCAUUUCAUGAAUAUCAUGAUUCACACCAUCUGCAUUUUUUACCAAUUAUAAUACAACCGUGUGGUAGUGAUGUAUAAAUUUAUUCAUUUCAGUAUUUAAACUGUCUUGUAAUGAAGUGUGGUAUAAUUAUGGGCAUACCAAACAGGAAUAUUUAAGAUUAUUUUUAUAUCUCCAUUUGUUUCCUUUCAAAUUGUUCUCCAAAUAUAAUGAUUAAUCUCAGAAACAUAGACUUAGACUCAUUGGCUUUUAGAUCAAAUGUUAAAGGUUGUUACUAAAGAUUAAGUGAUAGCAAUAAAUUUGUAUGCACAGAUUUCUUCUUCUUCAUGUGUAAAACUACAUACUUAAUGUGUUUGUGUAAUUUUUGUUUCUUUUUUACAGAAACUGUUGUCCACAUAUAUACCUUCACUAAAACCAAUCUAUGUCACCUAUUCGACGCAGUUUUAUUUUAAAAAUAAAUGAUUUUUAUUCAAAAAGUUCAGUACAGAGCAGUCAAGUGUACAAAAACGGUGUGUAGGUGACAUGGGUUAUCAUCAGGAGAUGCUGCAGCUCCGCAUGAUGUGCUGUCUGUCCAUUCGUAUUUUAUCUGCAAAAUGCAAUUGAAGAAUGUGUGUAGUGGUGGACCACAAUUGUCACAGAAUUGUAUAUAAUCACAAUAAUGUUUGCUUAAGGCCAUACAAAAGAGCAUUGCCUCUAAAAGAAAUAAUAAACUGCGGAAUGGCA